AUAAUAAAAAAGAAGUGAAACUUCACUUCGCAUCAGCAGCAAGUUGGUGGAAUAUUUUGGUGUUAUCAAUUUUACCUUUGUUAUCGUAAUCACGGUGUGUAAAACCUGUGCACGGUUCUGGUAGAGGCUCAGUUCCGAUAACGUUCAGCUGGAAGGGUUCUCCCUGAAAGUGCGGUUUGUGCGGUGGAAUAUCGCCUGACCUCGAAGCUGCUCCGCGAAGAAGUGGCUCCUCCUUGACAGCGGAACAAUGAUUCGCGUUUAGAAGAAAAGAUAGUGCUGGAAUUCGACCUUUAGACCUCUCCCUUUUGCGAGGAGUGGAACCUAUCUCUGGGGCUGACGGUGUGACGGGAAGGUCCAUUGGUAGUAGUGACGAGAACAUCUACACAGGACAGGAUGUCCUUCAAGGAUCUAAUCGAGCCAGAAUGUGGCGGAGCGAAUCCGUUGAUGAACCUGGGCCGCCAAGUGACCCGGGACGUCGCAUUUCAAGACGAAGGAUUCUCCGGGGCACGUUCCGCCUUUAUCGGGUCGGAUAAUGAUCUGGUGAAGGAGUUCAUGGGUCAGAUUGCUCCUGCUCCGCAAUCUUUCCGUAUGGAUGUCCUGCUGAAGGAGAUGCGAGAUAUUGAUGCGCAAAAUUUUCAUCAGCGACAAAUUGUACCUGGACCACCGGUCAUUGAGGAGGUUAACCGGUCGGAUUUGGACUGGGCCAAAGAGUUUGCGGUCGAUUCUUCCGUUGCUGCAGGUUCAUCAGCCCACCAUGGCCAUCGUGCCGAGAGUAAACUGACCAGCAUUUGGUCGAGCUCGCACCUGGCACCGAUUGAGGGCACCAUCAGCGAUGGACCGAGCAAUAUCCUCUAUGCGAAGGAUUUUUUCGAUUUGAACGAACCGAAAAGCGAAGAGGAGCAGGUGUCGAUCCGCAAGGCCGCGGGGGAACUGGUGGAAGUUGCCUACGGACAUGACCCGGAAAAGAUGAAGUACAGUGAGUUUCUCAACUUUGUUGGCAACGUAAACGACGGAACAGUGAAAAUCGACGAUGGAAUGGUCACCGGCAAUGUUUGGGCCAAUCAGUUUGACCAGCUGGCUGCAGGUCCAUCGAAGCCAACCACCAAGGAGGAAACAGGGAUUGCCGAAGAUUGGGCUAAGGCUUUCGAGGAAGGCAAAAAAGGAGAUCAGGAAGCGACCGAUAAUUACAAUAAGCAGUUUUGGGAGCGUCUGCAGGACGAAUGGCGUUCGCUUUCGGAAAACGAUAAUCAACAUCCUUGGUUAUCUGAAUUUUCCGAAUUCUAUGACCCAUAUAAGGAGUAUAAAUUCGACGAGGAAAACCCAAUGACCAAUGUGGAAAAUGCUUUCGAGAAAGGAAAAGCAUUCCUAGCACAAGGAGAUAUUCCCAGUGCCGUUUUGUGCUUUGAGGCGGCCGUUAAGCAAGAUCCGGAAAAUCCGGAAAUUUGGGAGCUUCUGGGUUUUAGUCAGGCGGAAAAUGAAAAGGAUCCAAACGCGAUUGCAGCUUUGAACAAGGCAUUGUCGUUCAACCCGAACAAUAUGCCGGUAUUGAUGGCUUUGGCGGUAUCUUACACGAAUGAGAGUAUGCAAAACCAAGCAUUGAAAAUGCUGGUAAAAUGGAUGAAAUGCAGUCCAAAGUACGAAACUUUGGUACCGCCAGUAAUGAUGGUAUCUGAAGAAUCACCAUUGGCCAGCUCUUUGAUGGGAGGCCCAAGUUUGCAAGAAGUACAGGAUCUAUUCAUAAAAGCUGUACAGCAAUCUCCAAACGAGAUUGAUGCAGAUAUUCAAGAAGCGUUGGGAGUACUUUUCAAUCUGAGCUCUGAAUAUGAUAAAGCAGUUGAUUGCUUUAGAGCGGCAGUACAGGUGCGUCCUAAUAGUUCCAAGACAUGGAACCGUUUGGGAGCAAGUUUGGCCAAUGGCAACCGAUCAGUUGAGGCCGUUGAAGCGUACCAACGGGCAUUGGAUAUACAACCUGGUUUUAUAAGAGCCCGUUAUAAUGUUGGCAUCAUAUGUAUAAACUUAAAGGCAUAUAAAGAAGCAGCUGAACACUUGCUAACCGCUUUGAAUCACCAGGCAUCAUCGAUUGCGCGUGCCGGAAUAAAUGUUUCUUCUCCGGCCAAUCAGAUGUCCAGCACAAUUUGGACCACAUUGCGAAUGGUGAUGUCUUUGAUGGGACGGCAGGAUUUACAACAAGCGAUUGAUAAUCGCGACUUGGAAGUCCUCAAUCGAGAGUUUCCUAUGAGUAGCGACUAGAUGUCUUUUGUGUUUAAAGCUGGAAGAACGGAUGGUGAAAUUUAUUUUUUUACUACACAAAUAACCUAAGGUGGGACCUUGUAAACUGCAGAAAAUAAAUGAGAUAUACAUAAGAGAACUAAAAUUGAUGAAUAAGGAAAAACACUAAUAAUAGUGAGUUAAACAGAAAUAUAAAAAAAACAUAAAGCGGAGAUGAAAACGUUAGAUUAGGAAAGGCAGUGAAUGUUGAGCGAGCAGAUUUAUAUUCGAUCGGAUAAGUUCUUGAUGAGCAAUAUCAAAAACAAAACAACGUUGUAACGAUGAUGGUUGAAGGAGGAAGUAUGAUAUUUUUCCUUUGUUUAAUUCUGUAAAAUGUCGGGUUUGAUAAGGGUUAAUAAAACACGAGUACAAGUAA